ACUGACAGUGAGGCCCAACCUCCCACUCCAUCCUAGCCCCCCCACCCCCCAAUCCAUUCUGGCCUUGGAACUGCCUGUAACCGUGGGGCCUUGGUCACUUCCCCUUCCUGUGUCUCAGUCCCUUCAUCUAAAACAUGGAGAAGGUGGUCAAGGGAUGUUUACGGCCCUGAAAGGAGCCCAGAACUCAGACAUGACAUUAGAGUUUGUAUCUAGUUUGCCUCUGAAGGGCUCUGUGGGGCCUGCCCAGGAGUUUCUGAAAUUGGGAUUAGCUAUCAACAAUAACACAUUGAGAGAUUCCACGUAAAAAAAAAAAAAAAUCCAGAUUUCCAGUUUCUCUUGAAAAACCCGAAGCUCUGGCAGGCUGGGGCAGGUCAUGGGGACCGUCCUUCCACCAGCCCCUAUUCCCCUCCUUCCUGGUCUCUCCAGGUCUCCACAGGUUCUGGGAUCUGCUCCUGGAAUUUAUGUCACCUGUCCGUUAUGUCGCAGGCAUCCGGGUUUGGGACUCGGUCUAACUCAAAUUCACUUGCUUAUUACAUGAAAAACAGAGACCUGCGCAGGGUCAUGGGGCAAACAAGACGCCUCUGGAGCCCCGGACUCAAGACUCCGGACGGGGCUGAACAAAAUCUCCCUCGCCCGCCAGGUCGGGAGGUGGUGGAGGUGAGGACCAAGCUGCCCCGCCAAAAGACCUCUUCAGUCUAGAGGGAAGGAGGGUCUCCCCGGGCUCGUCCCGCCCUGGCCAAUGGGGAGGGGCCCCGCCCCCCGCUAGCGACAGCCCCGCCCUCCAACCUUUAAGGCGCAACCAGCCUCCAGCGAGCUGACUCCGCAGCCCGAGCCUGUGGCUGGGAGACCCGGACACGGCUUCCUCGGGACCCAGGAACCCUCCGGUCCUGACGGCCAGAAAGGACUAAGGCCGCGCGGCCCGCCCCGCCCGGCUCCCGCCGCCGCUGUCCGGGACCAAAAGAUGCGCUCCAGGGUCCCUCCACCCCUGCUGCUGCUGCUGCUGCUGCUGCUGUUGGCCCCAGGACCUGGGGUGCAGGGUUGCCCAUCCGGCUGUAUGUGUGACCGGCCACAAAGAGUCUUCUGCAACGCACGCCAGGGGACCACGGUGCCCCGCGACGUGCCGCCUGACACGGCGGACCUGUACGUCUUCGGGAACGGCAUCACCACGCUUGACGCGGGCACCUUUGCCAGCCUGCCAGGUCUGCAGCUCCUGGACCUGUCGCAGAACCAGAUCACCAGCCUGCCCGGUGGGGUCUUCCAGCCACUGGCUAACCUCAGCAACCUGGACCUGUCCACCAACAGGCUGCGCGAGAUCACCAAUGAGACCUUCCGUGGCCUGCGGCGCCUGGAGCGCCUCUAUCUGGGCAAGAACCGCAUCCACCACAUCCAGCCUGGCGCCUUUGACGUGCUGGGCCACCUCCUGGAGCUCAAGCUGCAGGACAAUGAGCUGCGGGCACUGUCCCCGCUGCACCUGCCUCGCCUGCUGCUGUUGGACCUCAGCCACAACAGCCUCCUGGCCCUGGAGCCCGGUGCCCUGGACACCGCCAAUGUGGAGGCGCUGCGGCUGGCCGGCCUGGGGCUUCGGCAGCUGGAUGAGGGGCUCUUUGGCCGCCUGCGCAACCUCCACGAAUUAGACGUGUCCGACAACCAGCUGGAGCGCGUGCCGCCUGCCAUCCGGGGCCUACGGAGCUUGACGCGGCUGCGGCUAGCUGGCAACACGCGCAUCGCCCAGCUGCGGCCCGAGGCCCUGGCCGGCCUGGCAGCCCUUCAGGAGCUGGACUUGAGCAACCUGAGCCUGCAGGCCCUGCCACACGAGCUCUCGGGCCUCUUCCCCCAUCUGCGGUCUCUGGCUGCAGCCCGCAACCCCUUCAACUGCGUGUGCCCCCUGAGUUGGUUCGGCCCUUGGGUUCGAGAGAGCGGCGUGGAGCUGAAGAGCUCAGAUGAGACACGCUGCCACUUCCCCCCCAAGAACGCCGGCCAACUGCUCCUGGAACUUGACUAUGCCGACUUCGGCUGCCCGGCUACCACCACCACGGCCAUGGUGCCCACCACAAGGCCCUCGGCGUGGGAGCCCACAUCCUCGCCUUCCAGUCCAGCCCCCACCAGGCCCAACCCCACAGAGCCUGCUGCCGAAGCUCCCAGCCUGCCACCUGCCACCCUGCCCACUGUGGGGCCUGACUCCCGGCCCCAGGACUGCCCGGCGUCCAUCUGCCUCAAUGGGGGUACCUGCAAUCUGGGGGCUCGGGGCCACCUAGAGUGCCUGUGCCCUGAAGGCUUCACAGGCCUGUACUGUGAGAGCCUGGUGAGGCUGGGGCCACGACCCACCCCCGCCCUGGCGACACUUAGGCCGCCUGGGCCCCCACCCCUUGGUAUCGAGCCUGUGAGCCCCACUUCCCUGAGAGUGGGGCUACAGCGCUACCUGCAAGGAAGCUCCGUGCAGGUCAGGAGCCUCCGCCUCACCUACCGCAACUUGUCUGGCCCUGACAAGCGGCCGGUGACCCUGCGGCUACCUGCCUCACUCGCCGAGUACACAGUCACCCAACUGCGGCCGAAUGCCACCUACUCCAUCUGCGUCAGGCCCCUGGGGGCUGGGCGGGUGCCCGAGGGUGAGGAGGCCUGUGGGGAGGCCCGCACACCGCCAGCUGUCCGCUCCAACCAUGCCCCGGUCACACAGGCCCGAGAGGGCAACCUGCCGCUCCUCAUUGCGCCUGCCCUGGCUGCUGUGCUUUUGGCCGCACUGGCUGCCGUGGGGGCGGCCUACUGUGUGCGGCGGGGGCGGGCCGCAGCGGCUGUGGCUCAGGGCAAAGGGCAGGUAGGGCCAGGGGCCGGGCCCCUGGAGCUGGAAGGAGUGAAGGCCCCCUUAGAGCCAGGCCCCAAGGCAACUGAGGGUGGUGGAGAGGUCCUGCCAGGAGGGCCUGAGUAUGAGAUGCCACUCAUGGGCUACCCAGGGCCUGGCCCCCAGGGAGCCCUCUCUACUAAGCCCUACAUCUAAGCUGGGAGUGAUGGACCAUGGGGCUGGCCAGCGCCCGCCUGCUGCCAGACCAAGAAGUUCCCGGAUCCGUAUGCCGAGGACACGUCAGGGCAGGGGCUGUGUGACUGCAGCAAGUCCCUGCCCCUCUGGACCUUGGUAUCCUCAUCUAAGAUGCUGGGACCCAGGUGAAGACCUCUAAGGUCCCCCUGGCCCGAGUGCCUCUGAGGAUGGUGUGCCCCAUCCUCUGCAACGUGCAACCUCGGGAGGGGCGGGCUCUGCCGUGUGCUGGUAACACAGGCCCAGGGCUGCCAGGCCCCCACCUCAAGGAGACUGGGGGCCAGUGAAGGGAGCCCCAGAAAGGCAGCAGAAGGAGAAGAGGGGUGGGGAUGGGUGUGUGGCCCAGCCUUGGCCCCAGGGAGUGAAGCAACAAAAGAAACUGGAAAGAAAGACGCUUUAGGAACAAGUUUUGCUUUUGUUUUUAAAAAUAUAUUUAUAAGAGAUUCUUUCCCAUUUAUUCUGGGAAAAUGUUUUUUAAACUCAGAGACAAGGACUUUGGUUUUUGUAAGACAAAUGAUGAUAUGAAGGCCUUUUGUAAGAAAAAUAAAAGAUAAAAUAAAAUGAGUGGUUUUUUUUGGUAUACCCCCAGCACACCUGGGUUGGGUGAAAGGAGGGUGGGGGUGCAGAGUGGUUGUGAAGGGAAAGCCUUCUCUGUGGGGAAACGGGGGGUCAGGACCCCUCUCCCCAGUGGGUACCAGGCCCUGGCCAGCACCCCCUGGGCUUGGGUGUGCUACUGCUGAGGGCCAUGGCAGGAAGGGCAGCCUUCCCAGGAGGCCUGCCCUGGGCUGUAUCCACCCAGCCUCCACUGAGGUGCCCAGUCCAGCAUCCCGGUAAGACUGGGACCCAGGCGGGAACAGGGACAGAAACUGGACAGCUUCCAACCUCCGGGAAGAACAAGAGGGCAGCCUUACAGUACUCAGGCCCACUCGCCUACCAGCAGGAGCUGCAGUGCUCCUCUGAGAGGCUCAUGGCAGAUGGGGGCCAAGAAGGUCCCUACGGGUCCCUCCUCAGGGAUGGGUCUGACAGGCAGUCCAUGCCUGCCUUCCUCUGUGGAGGGAGUACCUCAACCUGUGUCCUGUCAGGCCCUCGUGGAUGGCGCUGGGCCAGGUGGCACACACGGGCCCAUCCUCUGUGCCAUCCCAUUGCACCUCUGCAUGGGCUCCUGCUCCAGCUACAGAGAAGGGGCCUUAGUAAAGGGCAGCACAGAUCCUGAAUGGCAGAAGUCCUCUGGUGGGUGGGGAGGGGCCAUGCCAGGCUGUUAGGGACAGGCAGAUGAGGGAUAGGCCCGGAGGUCUGAGUCUUGCUUAUGGACUCUUGCUGGUGGCCUUGCGAUGCCCGUUUACAAGUUGGGAUGUGCUUGGUUUUCUAAAACCCAGAAGUGGGAGGAGUAUUUUCCAGGAAGGCUGCAGGCCUAGGAACAGGCCAGGGAUGGUGCUGAGAGCUUGGGGACAGUGACAGAUAUAGAACACCUUUUCCUAGUACAUUUUGGAUGGUAGAGGAGGUGAGCCCUGGGGCUGCAGAGAGGUCCUGCAGAGGCUGGAGCAAGCUUGCCUGUGUCCCUCUGUGGGUCACGGCCCCUGGCCCUUAGCCUCACCCUGGCAGGAAGGUGGUAGCCCAGCCAGGCCUGGGGAGCAGGCCCUGCGGCUUGGGGCAUUGAUGUCAGCGCCGAGUCAGGCCUGGCCACGCGAGGCUCUGGAUUCAAUUAGUGGCUGCUGAGGGCUCUGGCAUAAGAGGGGAGGAGGUGGGCGGUGGGUCGUGGGGGCAGAGGGUAGUGGCAGUGGGCCUGGGUGGGGCCCCAUCUUCCUGAGGCAGUGGCGGUGGCCCAGGUGGAUUUCCUGUAGGCCUGGGUCCCAUUACGGGAGCGGCUACACGAGGCCUGCCCUCCCCCUCAGCGGCCCCGUCAAAGGGGCCAUUGUGGGCCUGUGGGCUGCUGUUGAACACGGUGGCUGCUGAAUAAAUGUUUUUGCUGCAAAGCCAAACCUGGCCUUGUGGGCUGGCAGGGGGUGGGGUGGGAGGCAGGACCUAACGAAAGGGGCUGGACGUUUAUACCAGCCCUCCCAGAAAAGGCAGUUGGGGUGUCCCAUCAGAUCAGGGGCUGAGAGAUGAAGGUAGGGCCAGGGGCAAGCUGGGGGACCAAGCCAAGAUACAGCUCAUUCCCAGAGCAAUCCCAAUGGCUCGGCCAGGACCAGGGACGGAUGUGGGGAAAUGCCAGCCCACACUGUUGGGUCCUCGUUGCCACAGGCCCUGUGCCAUGCGGGCUUACACAUGUUCCCAUUUCAUGCCCAACAAUCUCUCUACAGGGAGACUCGAAGACUGGGAGAGGUGAGACAGUAGCUUGCUCACAGCAGGCAGGGAUGGGUCCCAACACCCAACACUCGCUCCCCGGCCCAAGAGAGGGUUGCCAGCCAUGAGGGGAGGGCUUGGGUCUCCAGGAAAGGGGUGGGGCUGCAAGCAGCAGAAGCUACCCAGGCAGAGAGAGGGCUCCUGAUUUCCAGGGAACACGCUAGGUGUGGGACCCAUGUCUCUCUCUGGCCGAUGGCUGGGCAUUGGGUUGAGGGUUUGUGCAGAGGUGGACACCUCGGUGUGAAGAAACCAAUGCAAUCCCAGCUUCCACCGUGCACUGGUUUGCAGCUGGAGUGACCUCAAUAGAGGACCCACUUGUCUGGCCUCAGUUGCUUUCAGUAACAUGGGGAGAAAAAUCCCUACCUGCCUGUGGCCCAGGGCCAAUACAGGUGACCAUCCACCUAGUCCAGAGGCACCGCACCUGAAACAGGUGGUGUUUCUACAUCUCCUGGAUGGAGCACAAGCUGAUUUUCAGCACCAGGCCCUGCCAGUACACCCCUUCCACCUCUACCCUGCACUGAGCACAGGGUCUGGCACCCAAGAAGUACGGAGGAGCCACCUGUGGACCUGCUGCCUGAGCCUGGCUUUACACAGAGAACCCCGAUGCCCUGCUCUUCUCACCAUGGCACAUCUCCUCUUAGUGAGGUGCACUCCACAAAUGACAGGGGUGAGAGAAGACAGCAUAGGUGGGGGCCGAGAGGGACGCCCCUGGGAGGGUGGGGCCCUGGGUUCUCCCUGGGAGAGGCCAGGAGGGGCAUGUGCCUGACCCCUGGCUCCCUCUAGCUCUUAUAAGAGUACACACUGUUCUGCCUAAAUUGAGAUGAAAAAUCUGUAAAACAGAGGGGGUGCAGUGGAGGCCCAUGGCCAUGCCCCCAAUUGAUACCCGUACGCUUUCCAUCUUUAGUCCAGUUCAUUCAGCAGCCCCCGCACUCCAAGGGACCAGUGGGGGUUCUGGCUUCCAGCGGGAGCCUAGGGGGCAGGGGACCCACCACCUCUCAGGCCAGCCUGGAGGCUGGUAUGUGUCCCUGACAUCUACCAGCUUUGUGGAGGGCUGGAGAGCCCCCACUCCUCUGCCAAGGGUGUGGACCCAGUGGUGGGGCAGGGGCCAGGAUUGGGGGAUGAAGGGGGCGGGACACUGGCCUAGUUGGCCCAUCUGGGAGUGAUUUGAGAAAUUCCAGGCCUCACUGGCCCUAAGAGGCUAUUCUUAACUGCUUGUAAUUACAGGGUCAGCCUUGGCCAGUGGCACCGUGGGGUCUGGGCAUCUUUAACUCCUCCAGGGGCCAUGCUGGGGCUCAGUGGGGCAGGGGAGCUGCUCUACAGGGGAAGGGGGAACCCAUCACAGGCCAGGGGCAGAGCCUGAAAGGCAGGAAGUGGUGGGUGGAGGAGCACUUGAUGGCCAGUGCCAGGUGCCUUUUGCCAGGCUGGACCAGCUCCCUCCCUCUGCUGCAGGCCCUGAAGGGUAGAGGUUGUCUGGCCUGGGGAGGUACAGAGGAUGAGAUACCAGCAUAGCAUCUGGGCCUGGGGAAGGGCUGCUGGACAUGGAAUCAGGAGGCCCAGAAACUGAUGCCUCUAGCACAGAGGGCUGUCCUAGUGACUCCCCUGAACCUUCAGGGCUCAGAAUGGCAGAAGCCUGACACUCACUGUGUGGUUCCAAGGAAGGCACUGGCGCUCACUCAGCCUCACCUUCCUCAUCUGCAAAAUGGACCUCACCAGCUCCCCAGCCUCUCCCUGGCUGUGAGAGAGGAGGGGAGCGCCGAGGGUCACUGCCACCCUGACUUUUACCCCUUCUCUGGGUGCUCAGCCGGGGGAUGCCCUGGCAGGAGCUUUUAUGGCCCUAAGCCUUUCCCACACCCAGACACAGCCCUUGCUUGCUGCUCCCGGUGCCUAGACAGGUCACAGCACCCUUUGAAUCAGUUUCCCCAGCUGUGAAACAGAAGCGGAAGUAGCUGGAAGGAUACCCAAAGACCAAAACCCUCUCUUUGCUCUGACCUUUGCAGGCCCCUGCCUGGUGGUGGUGGGGGUCUCAGCAAGCCCCUCUGAGAGUCACAGCUGAGCAGGGACGAGGCUUUGGAACAGGGCCAGGUCCCCGCUUCCUCCUAUCCCAUCCACCCUCCUGAGCCUCUUUUCUCAGCUGUGAUAUGGGGGCCAUGUGGACUAAAGGGAUAGGUCACUCCUCAGCACUCGCUAUGGGCCUCCUGGGUCCUGAGUCGCAGUGAGCCUGGGCCAUCCCUGCACAGAGCCGACUCAGUCCAGACCCACACGGGCACUACCACAAAUUCCUGCAUACACUUCUCAGGAUGAUGUAAGGAUGAGGUACAUUCGCGCACACACACCCUAAGCAUAAGCAGGGACAGGUGUGUGACCAGGGCUGAGGAAGCCUCAUAGAACCCAUGAGUUCAAGCCCUGCAUCCCUCUGUGCCCCCAAACCUGCCAGCCCAUCUUUUCUCACGUCACCCCACAAUCCACGGCGAGUCCACCUUGCUAAACAUAGCCUCAGGUCUCCUCAGCCCCACCAAAAAGCCCAUGGCAAAAGGAAAUGCAUUCUUGCGCUGGCCACCCAUGUGUCUGCCGGGUCACAGUCCCCUCCCCAAAUGCCAAAAUACACCAGCCUGAGUCCCCAAGCCAGCAGCCUGACCCAUGACCAAGGGGGGCACACAGGAUGGGUCAGUUGGGCUUCUCUGCCCACGUGGGGCUGCCUCACCACCCCCUGCUGGUGAAGCUCCACAGGGCUCCUUGGGCAGGGCCAGGUCUUCCCAGCUCAGGUACCUCCGACUGCUCCGGUGAUGGGCCACCUCUCUGACAGGAUCUGAGCCAGGUGAAGCCCUUCUGGCUGGAUUUGGCCCCUGCAUUCUGCAGGUGGCCCCCAAUGGUGCAUCAGGGGCCCUCAGCAGUGGCGCCCAUUCACAGAUCUGCACUUGAGACAUCGUUUGGGCCUCGCCCCUCCCACCCCCAGCCCAGCCCAACAUGCUGG